AUGCGCCCGGCAACUCUAAUCAAAGAUCUAGAGAUUGAUCCAAAACGUGUCGGUCGCCCAAGGCUUGACCCAUACCAGAGGCUUCUCGGCCGAUUUUACGAGCAACUGUUUCUUUUGAAUGCACUUGGACAGACACGUGGUAACCACAAAACUUCAUCUUUCGAGCUUGAUGCUGCCCGGGCACGACGCAGACGAUUUCUGCAAAAUCUUUGUUUCGUUUGUGAUUUCAGAAAGGGAGGCAGUACAUGCACUGCAAUUGGGCUUGAGGAGCUCGAUACGCGCUACAACUUCUUUGUUGCUUCGAAUAACGAAAUCGAUAAAAUCGCUGCGUUUCUCCAAAACGUCCUCAACGUUUUGCGGGCCGUAGCCCAUCAAGCUGGCACAAAUGAUGCUUGCACAGAAUCAGAGUUCUUUCAGCUAUGCAUUGGAUUUGCUGCUGAGCGCAUCAAAGAGGAAGGCAAUUGUCUUCGCAGAAACGCUAAAGUCUGA